UUUAUUGAUAUAAGCAAUGUUUUGGUGAAGCAUGGCCUCUCUCGUGUGCAGUGAAACCGGUGUAGUUUGUAUUAGUGGAACUACGCUUGCAAUAAUUUCUAUACGUGAUGGUGCAUUAGAGAGACAAGACAUUGAUAUUGAAGAAAAAAGAUUAUCCUCAUUGAAAGAGAAUGCACAUGAGGACAAUGGGAAAGUGACAAAGUCUGCCACAGAUAUUACCAGUAAGGAUGGACAGAAUCGGAUUUUAGCCUGUAAAUUUUCUCCAUCAUGGAGGUACUUCGCUGCCUGUGACGAUGCCAAGAGGCUGUAUCUGUUCCAGUGUGGAGAGCGAUGGGAACUGGUUAGCAACAGGGCUAUUUCCAGGAGGUGCACGGUUUUGACGUUUACCAAAGAUGAACAGGAUGUCUUAGUGGCAGACAAGUGGGGGGAUGUUUUCAGAUUCUCUGUGACUGACCCCCAGAAAGAGGGACUACUUUUACUGGGGCACCUUUCCAUGUUGCUGGAUAUUCUGACAACAAAGGGAGACAAAUAUGUAGUGACAACAGAUAGGGACAACAAAAUAAGGAUCAGUGAAUACCCAAAUUCAUACAACAUCCACACAUACUGUCUACACCACACAGAAUAUGUGUCAAGCGUUGUGUACAAUGAAGACCCAGAGAUCCUCCUGUCUGGUAGUGGGGAUGGAACUAUUGUGAUUUGGGAUCUCAAUGGUAAAGUGGUUUCACAGACAACAUGCUCUGAAGGAGAGGAAACUCUACCCAUCAAGAAGUUGGAAUGGGAGAAGGAUCUGAAACUGCUCUCUGUGAUUUUCUUUAACUCUCCUGUGGUACAGUUAUACACGCUGGCCGCUGAUUCCAUGAGUCUCUGUCGACUGCGUGACAUUGAGCUGACCAGUCCUGUAUGGGACGCGUGCUUCGACAGGAACGGGCAGCUGUGGUUACUACAGAAACAGGAGGGGGACACCCUACAGGUGUACACCUGUCAGAAAACAGACUCAGGUGUGAUAAAGGUGGGACGGAUAGACCCCGAACUUCCCUGCUCCGAGAACAAGGUUCUAGAGGUGUUCAAUAAAGACUGGACAUUUUUCUCAGUUUCCGAGAGUGCUCCGGAUUUAUCAUUAGAAUACAAGAAGAAGGAAACUCCGGACAACUACUCCAUAUACCUCCAGAAGAAACAGGACCGCAUCAAGCAGACCCAGCCAGCGGAACCACAGGCCAAGAAAGUCAAAACCACGUAACAAAUUGUCAAACCAUAGGCC